AUGGCUGUUAAAAGCAUUGCAGCAGCAAAGAUAUCUGACAUGGUACUCAAUAGAGAGUAUGGAAUCCAAAACCACUCACUCCAAAAACUACUCUCGUUGAAAAAAAAGCUUCCUGGUAAAGAAGGACAUAUUUCUUUGGUCUUAAAAAAAAUAUAUAUAAAUCAUGGUAUAAAAAUUGCUAAUGAGGAAAUUUUUCUUAUUGAUGACGAUGAGGAAAAUAUAGAUGCUGCUAUGAAAAAUAAUCACAUUGCAUAUUGUUUUAAAGAAGAAACCACUGUGAAAUCAUUUAAUGAGUAUUUGGCUAGCUUAGGUGCUUCAUCUAAUUUAUCUCUGGUUGUCAACCAUUCAAGUGAAUUAAAUAGUGAUCAAAAUACAAAUAAUAAAUGGAAUCCUUUUAAACCUUCAUUGAAUGCUGUAAAAUUUCAAGAUUCCAACACAAAUAAUAAUUCAAAUGUUUAUAUUAAAGUGCCAUUUUUAUAUUUGCCUGUGAAUCCCAGGACUGACAGACGCAGUAGUAAUUACGCCAAUUUUUUAAAUGUAGAUACAGCUUUCAAAGGUGCCACUCCUUUUUUAUCACAUAGAAAUGCGGAUAAAAUGAAUGUAAAAGACAAGUUCAUUUAA